AGAGAAAAGAGCGGCCAUCCUAGUCCACCAAUACCUUUUCGGUGAUAAAAGGUGCCCCUAGUGGUGGACUACCCCACACGCCCCCUCCUAGGAAAUUAGGACCUCUUUCGACGAGCGCCGCGGAAGAGACCCAGGCAUCCUCCGAGGGAGAAGAAAAAGGAGAAAUCCACAAGGAAAGAAAAAAAAUAAAAGAAGAAGAUGGCUUCUGUCAGCGGCUCGACGCCGGCGCAGUACCCACGGAACCCCAGGGCGAUUGAGCGUCUGAUGGGCACCAUCCCCGAGCACGAUGAGGCCACUACCUCGGCUGACUACCAGGCUAACGGCUAUGAGUCGGUGGAGCGUCACAUGGAGUCGUGGGCCGGCAGCCUGCCCGCUGCGCAGGGUCUGUACGACCCCGACAACGAAAAGGACUCGUGCGGUGUCGGCUUUAUUUGCCACAUCAAAGGAAAGCCGAGCCACAAGAACGUCACGGACGGUCGUUCGCUCCUCUGCAACAUGACACACCGAGGUGCUGUGGGCGCCGACGCCAGGGACGGCGACGGAGCCGGUGUCAUGACGGGCUUGCCCGACACUUUCUUCAGGCGCGAAGUUGAGCGGGACCUUGACUGCAAGCUCCCAGCGAUGGGCCAGUACGCUGUCGGUAACCUCUUUUUCGACCCUCGGGACGAAAAGGCGCGCAACGAGCACAUUGGCUACUUUGAGAGUCUCGCUCGCAAGCUCCACCUCCGCGUUCUCGGCUGGCGAGAGGUGCCCGUCGACAACUCGAUCCUCGGCCCUGCUGCGUUGAGCAAGGAGCCAAAGAUCCUCCAGCCUUUUGUGGUCCUGACCGACCACUUUGGUGCGGACACGCGGCAGUGCCAGGACGAGACCGCACCCUUCGACAGCCAGUACUUUAGCAGACAGCUCUACGUCCUGCGCAAGUCGGCUACCCACGGCAUUGGUCUGCCAAAGUGGUUCUACAUCUGCUCCCUUUCCAACACAAACAUCAUCUACAAGGGUCAGCUGAGCCCGCGGCAGGUGUACGAGUACUACCACGACCUCAACAACGCCCACUACGCCAGCCACUUUGCCCUCGUCCACUCGCGUUUCUCCACCAAUACCUUCCCAUCUUGGGACAGGGCCCAGCCCAUGCGAUGGGCGGCACACAACGGUGAGAUCAACACGAUCCGAGGCAACAAGAACUGGAUGCGGGCCAGAGAGGGCCAGCUGCGAUCGGAGACGUUCAAGGAUGAGCUCGAGAUGCUAUACCCAAUCAUCGAAAACGGCGGGUCCGAUUCGGCCGCAUUCGACAACGUUCUCGAGCUCCUUGUUAUCAACAAUGUUCUCACCCUGCCCCAGGCCGUCAUGAUGAUGAUUCCCGAGGCGUGGCAGGGCAACGAGGACCAGAUGGACCCGGCAAAGGCUGCUUUCUACAAGUGGGCUGCCUGCCUGAUGGAGCCCUGGGAUGGCCCUGCUCUCUUUACCUUCUCUGACGGACGGUACUGCGGUGCUAACCUGGACCGAAACGGCCUUCGUCCGUGCCGCUACUGCAUCACCGACGACGACAUCAUGGUCUGCGCCUCGGAGACGGGUGCCGUCACAAUUGCACCCGAGAGGAUCGUCGAAAAGGGAAGAUUGCAGCCCGGAAAGAUGCUUCUCGUUGACACUGUCGAGGGUCGCGUCGUCGAUGACCGCGAGCUGAAGCUGUCGACGUCGAAGCGUGCCGACUUCGCCGCCUGGAUCGAGGCUCAGCUUCUCGAGCUGCCCGAGAUUGUCCAGACGGUCCGCAAGGCAGGUGUCCACAUCAAGCCUCAGCUUGACGAGUCGCUGGUCCAGGAAGACCCGAAGAUGCUUGCAUUCGGCUACACGGCCGAGCAGCUCAGCUUGCUGAUGCUCCCCAUGGUCAGCGACGGCAAGGAGGCCCUCGGCUCGAUGGGUAAUGAUGCCCCUCUGGCCUGCAUGGCCCAGGCUCCUCGCCUCAUCUAUGACUACUUCCGUCAGCUGUUUGCCCAGGUCACCAACCCGCCCAUCGACCCCAUUCGAGAGGCCGUCGUCAUGUCGCUCGAGCAGUACAUUGGUCCCGAGGGCAACCUGCUCGAGAUGAGGCCAGAGCAGUGCCACCGUCUCAAGCUUUCGAGCCCUAUGCUCGACAUUGAGCAGAUCAAUGCUAUCAAGAACCUCAAGGUCGCCCACUCGGACUGGCCCGCCAAGACCAUCGACAUUACCUUCGACAAGGGCGAAGGUCUCGAGGGCUACGAGAGGACCAUCAACCGCAUCUGCACUGAGGCUUCUCAGGCUAUCCAGCAGAGCUACCGCGUCCUGGUCCUCUCGGACCGUGGCGUGAGCAAGGACCGUGUCCCCAUCAGCUCGCUGAUUGCCUGCGGUGGCGUCCACCACCACCUGGUUCGCAGCAAGGAGCGUUCCAAGGUUGCCCUCAUUAUCGAGAGCGGCGAAGCUCGUGAGGUCCACCAUAUGUGCGUCCUCCUCGGCUACGGUGCCGACGCUGUCUGCCCCUGGCUUUCCAUCGAGGCCAUGCUCAAGGUCUCUCGCGAGGGCCUGCUCAAGGUCGACAUGUCCGACGAGAAGCUCGUUAACAACUGGCGCGACUCUAUCGACGGCGGUAUCUUGAAGGUCAUGUCCAAGAUGGGCAUUUCUACUCUGCAGUCCUACAAGGGCGCUCAGAUCUUCGAGGCUCUCGGUCUUGACAACACCGUCGUGGACCGCUGCUUCGCUGGUACUGCGUCGCGCAUCAAGGGCUCUACCUUUGAGCUCCUGGCCAUGGACGCUCUUGAGUUCCACGACCGUGGUUACCCCGCCCGUGACACCAUCUCCAUCCCUGGUCUACCCGAAAGCGGCGAGUACCACUACCGUACCGGUGGAGAAGGCCACAUCAACGACCCCGUCAGCAUUGCCAAUCUGCAGGAUGCUGCCCGCGAGCGCAACCAGAAUGCUUACGACACGUACAGCAAGGCUGCGCACAACUCGACAAAGGCUGUCACCCUCCGUGGUCUGCUCGACUUUGCCUUUGAAAAGUGCCGGCCCAUUCCCGUGGACCAGGUCGAGCCGUGGACAGAGAUCGUCCAGCGCUUCGCCACGGGUGCCAUGUCCUAUGGCUCCAUCUCGAUGGAGGCCCACUCGGCACUCGCCAUCGCCAUGAACCGCAUUGGAGGCAAGUCCAACACUGGUGAAGGUGGUGAGGAUGCCGAGCGCUCGAUCCCGCUGCCCAACGGCGACUCGCUUCGGUCGAAGAUCAAGCAGAUUGCCUCGGGUCGCUUCGGUGUGACGUCCAACUACAUUGCCGACUCGGACGACCUGCAGAUCAAGAUGGCCCAGGGUGCCAAGCCCGGUGAAGGUGGUGAGCUGCCAGGUGACAAGGUCUCGCCCUCCAUCGCCCGUACCCGCCACUCGACUGCCGGUGUCGGUCUCAUCUCGCCCCCUCCUCACCACGACAUUUACUCCAUCGAGGAUCUCAAGCAGCUCAUCUAUGACCUCAAGUGCGCCAACCCGCGUGCUCGGGUCAGCGUCAAGCUCGUCUCUGAACCCGGUGUCGGUGUCGUUGCUGCCGGUGUGGCCAAGGCCAAGGCCGACCACAUCACCAUCUCAGGUCACGAUGGUGGUACGGGCGCAGCCAAGUGGACUUCCAUCAAGUAUGCUGGUUCACCCUGGGAGCUUGGUCUCGCUGAGACGCACCAGACGCUCGUCCUCAACGACCUGCGUGGCCGUGUCACCGUCCAAACCGACGGUCAGGUCCGAACGGGAAGGGACAUUGCCAUUGCAUGCCUUCUCGGUGCAGAGGAAUGGGGUUUCGCCACGACUCCCCUUAUUGCCCUUGGCUGCAUCAUGAUGCGGAAGUGCCAUCUGAACACUUGCCCCGUCGGCAUCGCCACGCAGGACCCUGAGCUCCGAGAGAAGUUUGCUGGCUUGCCCGAGAACGUCGUCAACCUCUUCUACAUGUUUGCUGAAGAGCUCCGAGGCAUCAUGGCCAAGCUUGGUCUGCGCACCAUCAAUGAGAUGUGCGGCCGUUCGGACCUGCUCAAGGUCGACGAGUCGCUGCGCACGCAGAAGACGGCCAACCUGGACUUCUCUCCCAUCCUCAAGGCUGCACACGAGAUGCGUCCCGGUGCCGCCACCUACAAGGUCAGGCAGCAGGACCACAAGCUCUACGUCCGUCUGGACAACAAGUUCAUCGAGGAGGCCGAGCCUUCUCUCACCCAGGGCUUGCCCGUCCAGAUCGAGUGCGACGUUGUCAACACCGACCGUGCUCUCGGCGCCACGCUGUCGUACCGCGUCAGCAAGAUCUACGGCGAGCAAGGUCUGCCCCGUGACACGAUCCACAUCAAGGCCAACGGUUCCGCCGGACAGUCGUGUGGUGCCUUCCUUGCCCCCGGUGUCACUAUCGAGGUCGAGGGUGACUGCAAUGACUAUGUUGCCAAGGGCAUGUCGGGUGGUCGCAUGAUCGUCUACCCGCCCAAGGGUUCGGCCUUCAAGGCGGAGGAGAACAUCAUCGUCGGCAACGUAUGCCUGUACGGUGCUACGAGCGGCAAUGCAUACUUCCGCGGUAUCGCUGCCGAGCGCUUCGCCGUCCGCAACUCGGGUGCCGAGGCCGUCGUCGAAGGUGUCGGUGACCACGGUUGCGAGUACAUGACAGGCGGCCGUGUCGUCAUUCUUGGUACUACCGGCCGCAACUUUGCAGCUGGUAUGUCCGGCGGCAUUGCCUACGUCCUCGACAUGCGGGGCGACUUUGCCGGCAAGUGCAACCCAGAGAUGGUUGAGCUUGGCCCCGUCAAGGAUGCCCACGACAUCGCCGAGCUGCGCAACCUCAUCGAGAACCACAAGCACUACACUGGUUCGACGGUGGCCGACCACGUCAUUCACCACUUCCACCACCUCUUGCCCCGCUUCGUCAAGGUCAUGCCUCUGGACUACAAGCGCGUGCUUGAGGAGGAGGCGGCCAAGGCGGCCGAGGAGAAGAAGCGGUCGAGCCACGUCGACCUCCUGGGCACCCUUUCGCGCCACGGAAGCCAGGUCGACGUUUCGGUGACUGAGGACAAGGAGCAGGACGCGGCACGGGCUGUCAAGCACGAGCCUCAGGUCGUCGAUGUCGAGGACUCGAUGGUCGACGACGAGACGCAAAAGGCUCGCUUGUCGAAGCUCGACAAGACGCGCGGCUUCAUGAAGUACAAGCGCCUGGGCGAGCACUACAGGACGCCGACAAAGCGCAUCAAGGACUGGAACGAGCUGUCGUCGAGGCUGACGGAAUCGGAGCUUAAGUACCAGACUGCCCGUUGCAUGGACUGCGGCGUUCCUUUCUGCCAGACCAACACGGGCUGCCCGAUCAGCAACGUCAUUCCGCAGUUCAACAACCUCGUCUUCAAGGGCCAGUGGAAGGACGCUUUCUACUCGCUCAUGAAGACGAACAACUUCCCAGAGUUCACCGGACGUGUCUGCCCCGCUCCUUGCGAGGGUGCUUGCGUCUUGGGCAUCAACGAGCAGCCCGUCGGCAUCAAGUCGGUCGAGUGCGCCAUCAUUGACAAGGCCUGGGAGAUGGGCUGGAUGGUUCCCCGGCCUCCGCAGACGCGCACCGGAAAGACGAUUGCCAUCGUCGGAUCCGGUCCCGCCGGCCUGGCCUGUGCCGAUCAGCUGAACCGCGCUGGUCACUCCGUCACCGUCUAUGAGCGUGCCGACCGCCCCGGUGGUCUGCUCAUGUACGGUAUUCCCAACAUGAAGCUCGACAAGAAGACGGUUCUGCGUCGUCUCAAGCUCAUGGAGGAUGAGGGUGUCAAGUUUGUCACUGGCGUCACCGUUGGCGAGGACGUCAGCGCCGACGACCUGCAAGCGCAGAAUGACGCGCUCGUCUACGCCACGGGAAGCACCAAGCCUCGCGACCUCAACAUUCCCGGCCGCGAGGCCGAUGGUGUCUACUUCGCCAUGGACUUCCUUAGCAUGAACACGAGGAGCCUGCUCGACUCUGGUCUUGAGGACGGCCGCUACAUCUCGGCCAAGGGCAAGAAGGUUAUUGUUAUUGGCGGUGGUGACACUGGCAAUGACUGCAUCGGUACGUCGAUCCGACACGGUGCCGAGAGCGUCAACAACUUCGAGCUGUUGCCCAUGCCGCCGACCAACGGACGAAGCCGCGACAACCCUUGGCCGCAGUGGCCACGCAUCUUCCGAACCGACUACGGCCACAACGAGGUCACGGAGAAGUUCGGCAAGGACCCCCGCACGUACGAGAUUACCACUACCUCGUUUGAGAAGGACGAGGAGACGGGCAAGCUCAUCGCGCUCCACACGCAGGAGGUGAAGUGGGAGAAGGACGCAAGUGGGCGAUGGCAGAUGAACAAGGUCGAGGGAAGCGAGAAGCGAUGGGAGUGCGACCUCGUCUUCCUCUCGCUUGGUUUCCUGCAGCCCGAGCGCGAAUCGUUUGCCUCGCUCAACCUCGACCAGGACGGACGAGGAAACAUCAAGGCGGACGACCUCAACGGAAAGAGCCCUUACAAGACCAACGUUGAGGGUGUCUGGGCAUGUGGCGAUUGCAGGCGAGGCCAGAGUCUCAUCGUCUGGGGCAUCAACGAGGGCAGGGCGUGCGCAGCCAGCAUUGACUCCGAGCUCGAGGGAAGCAGCAGGCUCCCAUGGUCGGGUGGCAUCCCCAAGAGGUCUUACGACAACCGACACGUCAAGAUGGCCCAGAAGAAGCAGGCAGCCCUUGCCGUCGAGGCUUGAGUCUGCAGGCAAACCGUCGGCGACCACACACAAAAGUAAUAUUCUCCUUUUCUUUUUCUUCAGUGUUUUCUCAAAAGUUUUGUUUGCUGCUCCUUUUCUUGUAAAUGUUUCUUCCGUCUCUUGGUGUCUUCCUCGUCGAUGAUUCACAAAGACCAACAAAUAGAAGUUCUUCUCUCUCC